AUAGACUAGAGCACAGCGUUUUUUUGGCAUCAUUACACAUUAUCCAUUACCAUUCCAGACUUGGUUGGGCAUCGUGUUUUGAGUUUGUUUAAAUUUUCAUUAAACCUUAGUUCUUUGUCGAAGACACAUAUCUCGAAGAUGGGUGAUGCUGGUAAAAGUGGAAAUACCAACACUUUGUUGGAAGAUCUAUCUAACGUGGAGUUCGAAACGAGCGAAGAUGUGGAGGUUAUUGAUAAAUUCAAGAAUAUGAACCUCAGAGAAGAGCUGAUGAGGGGAAUCUUUGCAUAUGGUUUCGAGAAGCCAUCAGCUAUACAGCAGCGAGCGAUCAGACCUAUAAUGAAGGGUCGGGAUGUGAUUGCUCAAGCUCAAUCUGGUACAGGCAAAACAGCCACCUUCUCAAUUUCUAUAUUGCAAUCUUUGGAUUUGACUAUGCGUGAGACCCAGGUUCUGUGUCUUUCACCUACAAGGGAACUCGCUGUACAAAUUCAAAAGGUUAUUUUGGCUUUGGGCGAUUUCAUGAAUGUGCAAUGCCAUGCUUGCAUCGGUGGCACUAAUCUGGGUGAAGAUAUCAGGAAACUUGAUUAUGGACAGCAUGUUGUUAGUGGGACACCAGGAAGAGUUUAUGAUAUGAUUCGUAGACGAGCUCUUAGAACCAGAUCUGUAAAAAUGUUGGUUCUUGAUGAAGCAGAUGAGAUGUUGAACAAAGGAUUCAAGGAGCAGAUUUAUGAUGUAUAUAGGUUUUUGCCUCCGUCUACUCAGGUUGUUUUAAUCUCUGCUACAUUGCCUCACGAAAUCUUAGAAAUCACCUCCAAGUUCAUGACGGAUCCGAUUCGCAUUUUAGUCAAACGUGAUGAAUUGACUCUCGAAGGAAUCAAACAAUUCUUUGUGGCUGUUGAAAGAGAAGAAUGGAAAUUUGACACACUCUGCGAUUUGUAUGACACAUUGACGAUUACACAAGCCGUAAUAUUCUGCAACACUAAGCGUAAGGUCGAUUGGUUAACUGAGAAGAUGAGGGAAGCUAACUUUACGGUCAGCUCGAUGCAUGGAGACAUGCCGCAGAAAGAGCGCGAUGUCAUUAUGAAAGAAUUCAGAUCUGGACAGAACAGAGUAUUGAUCACCACGGAUGUAUGGGCAAGAGGAAUCGAUGUGCAGCAAGUCAGUUUGGUCAUCAAUUACGAUUUGCCAAAUAAUCGUGAAUUGUACAUUCACCGCAUCGGUAGAUCCGGACGGUUCGGCAGGAAGGGUGUUGCAAUUAACUUUGUCAAGAGUGACGACAUCAGGAUCCUCAGGGAUAUUGAACAGUACUACUCCACACAAAUCGAUGAGAUGCCUAUGAAUGUCGCUGAUUUAAUUUAAAAAUAGUUUAUUUGUUUUUGUUUACAUAUUAUUUUUUUUUUAUACUUGUUUCGAUCACACCUACCUUUAUUAUAUUCAUCGCAUAACCUGAUGUUUCAUUAUAUAGUUAAAGUCAAAAAUAUAAUAUUUUUCUAAGUAUUAUGAUAGUAGACUAAGCAGAGAAAAUAUUUAUUUGUAACAUAGGACAUAGGGUUUCAAUUUAUCUUCUUUUUUUUACACAGACAAACUUGAUACUACAUGAGAUAUUUUCAUACACAAUCAGAUGUUAUAUCUUUUGAUAAGUUUCAUAUUUUGAAUGAUCCUUCUUUUAAGUGUUUUACAAGUAUAUACCCAUAUACUAGCAUAUACUAAUUUGUUGGUGAAUGUAAUUAUAAGAACCCUUGAAAUGACAACAU